GACGCCUUCAACAUCAAAGCUCCCCACCAUCUGUCGAAGCUCAAAUUUCACAAACCUCGACAGUCAUGGCCAACUUUCGCCGGUUCAGGCCUGACGACCUGAACAAGCUAUCAAAAUGCAACCUGGAUCCUCUCACAGAGACAUAUGAACUGUCCUUCUAUCUUCAGUAUUACGCAAAAUGGCCAUCACUCUUCCAGGUUGCUGAAGACGAGAAUGGAAACAUUAUCGGAUACAUAAUGGGAAAGCUCGAGUCGUCUCCUGACGUCUACAAAUUCUCAGAGCAUUAUCUUCCUUGGCACGCCCACAUCACAGCCGUCACCGUGGCCCCUGAGGCUCGCCGUCUUGGUAUCGGCAAGCUCCUUACAGAGCAGCUCGAGGCCGCUGGUGAUGCCGGAAACGCCUGGUUCGUCGACUUGUUUGUUCGCAAGACAAACUACAAGGCCAUCAAAUUCUAUGAAAGUAUGGGCUACAGUAUUUUCAGGGUGGUCAAGGAGUACUAUGGCGACCAUUCAACCGACCCCACUCAGGCCAGCGAGGAUGCCUACGAUAUGCGAAAACCAUUGAAGAGAGAUGUCAAAAAAGAGCACAUCAGGGCUGAUGGGGAGAAGCAUGAGGUUGACCCAACCGACGUGUGGUGAGGUCUGAGAUUAUGCCACAGCAUAUCACCACGCCAUACCUCGAUCUUAUCCAAAGGAUUGGGCUCUUUGACGAAAGCUCACGAGCAAGCCAUGAUACCCAACAUUACCACCGAGGACUCGCUGUCGGCAUUCGAGAAACAACGUUUCCUCAUUUAUGCCGCCCUAAAUGUUCCCGAAUUAACAUCGCGUGGUGGAUGAGAUGUAGUAGCAGUCACACGAGAGAGAGAG